CACGAUAACACUGCAAAGAAACAAAAAGUCAUCGUCUCUGCUAGAUCCCAAGCGGCAUUUGUUUUGCAAAUUUAUUUUUUUUCGUAAAUUUUUGCAAAAUCAUUAGAUUUUUGUAGUUAAAAUUUAAUAAAAUAAUUACAGAAAAUAUAAAUAAACAUGUCUAUUUUGGCUUAUAAUGGUGGUUGCGUUGUAGCAAUGCGUGGUAAGGAUUGUGUGGCCAUUGCUACCGAUAGACGUUUCGGCGUACAGGCUCAAACAAUUGAAACUGACUUCGAGAAGGUAUUCCAAAUAAAUCCACGCAUGUUCUUGGGUCUAGUAGGACUGCAAACUGAUAUUCUAACCGUUAAGGAUCGUUUGAUGUUCCGCAAGAAUUUGUAUGAGACUAGAGAGAAUCGUGAAAUGCAACCGGCCAGAUUUUCUGCAAUGCUUUCCAGUUUCUUGUACGAGCAUCGUUUUGGCCCCUAUUUUAUUGAGCCAGUCAUUGCCGGCUUGGAUCCCAAAACAAUGGAGCCUUUUAUUUGUAAUAUGGAUUUGAUAGGCUGCCCAAAUGUUCCCGAUGAUUUUGUGGUGGCUGGCACAUGUGGUGAACAGUUGUAUGGUAUGUGUGAAACUUUGUGGAAACCCGACUUGGAGCCCAAUCAACUAUUCGAAGUUAUAUCUCAAGCCAUGAUUAACGCUUUCGAUCGGGAUGCUAUAAGCGGUUGGGGUGCCACAGUGUACAUUAUCGAAAAGGAUAAAAUUACUACAAAAACAUUAAAGACACGCAUGGACUAGAUGGUGGGAAAAGGCAAAACUGGUUUUAUUUACUUUUCUUAUUGUAUUUUGUAAUUAAAUUCUCACAAAAGUGUUUCAAGCUGAAGGAUUUUUAAUUUAAAUAAAAUAAUUUGUUUUAAACAAAUGUAAAA